AGCAGAGCGCCUGUUCGGGGGCAGCAGCUGGAGGAGAACCGCUGACUUUUACCAAGACGGACGCUUCAGACGGAAGAAAAGGGAGCAUUUAGAAAAUUAACGCUGAUUUAGAAACAAGUCAGUGUCCUGGGAGGCUAAGCUCUUACCUUAAACUGAGCCAAAACUUUAACUGGGCGGAGGGAUUUUAACUGGACCCCACCGGACACUGCUGACCGGUUCUCUCCUCUUCAGCUCUCGGUCGUCUCCAGCGAUGUUCGACAAGCAGCCCUACGAGAGUCCGCCAGUCUACACCCCUCCGUCCAACAAUGGCUUCGGUCCUGUGGGCAGCUUCCACGGCCCUCAGAGUGAUUACAACGCAUACCCACCUCCGCCGGGAUCGUACUACAUCGAGGACAGGCCUCAGCACUUCUACAAAUGGCGGUCACCCCCUGGGAUCGUCAAGGCCAUGAUGGCUACGGUGAUAGUGUUGUGUCUGGCCAUAUUCGCCUGCGUCGCUUCGACCCUUAUGUGGGAAUUCCAGUACGGAUAUGGAGCCGGAGGGGGUUACUACGGCUCUGGCAUGGGCUACGGCAGCAGCUAUAUGGGAGGAAGCUAUGGCUCAGGCUAUGGCUCCGGCUAUGGCUCAGGCUAUGGAGGCGUUGGAGGCUAUGGAAGCUACUACGGCUCCUACGUUUCUCCUUACUCGGCCAAAACCGCCAUGAUCGCCAUGGCCGCCAUCAACUUUAUUGGAUCCUUGUCGUUCUUCAUCGCCAGCUUCUCUAAAUCCCGUCUUGUCCGGAGCCGAAAGUUCUUCCUGGCCGUCCUUAUAGCCAGCGUUCUCAUGGGUGUCCUGCAGGGCAUCAUGACCAUUGUCUACAUUGUCGGCGUAAAUCCGAUGGCCCAGAGCUCUUCCAGUAUGAUGUAUAAUCCAAUGCUCAUGAUGUGUCAGAACCUUUAUCAGACCAGCUACUCACAGAUGGGAGGACUGGGAGGCUUUCCCAUGUACAACCAGUACCUGUACCACUACUGCUUUGUGGACCCCCAGGAGGGAGUUGCCAUGAUGUGUGGGUUCCUGGUGGUCAUUGCUUUGGGCGUUGCUGCUUUCUUUGCUCAAAAAACAAGAGGGAAGAUCUGGCGCUAUGGAAAACCAAAUAUCUACUGGCAGGAGCCUCUUGUCGGCGGAAAGGCGUCAGAAGGCAGAGACGUAGAGGAAUGGGUGAACAAUGUGGAGGAAAACCGCAGCGUCCAGGAUGCCCCGACCCUGCUGGUGUCCGAGAAGGGAGUGGGGCUGCUCAACGCCUCAGCGAACAGCGUCAGCUCCUACCCCCCAGCCAAGGUGGACAGCAGCUCUUACAAUGAGGACGAUAUCCAAUACUCAGAGAAAACGACCGGCCGGCCAUCCGAAGCGUUCUCCCACGGCGGCAGGACCAGCUCCAGCCCGUCAGAGGAGACGGGAGGCCGCAGACCCUCCGCCAACAGGGGCAAGAGACGCAGACGUAACCCGGAUAUGGACGAGUCCCAGUACGAAACGGAGUACACAACAGGGGGAGAAACGGGCAACGAACUCGACGAAGAAUGGGAGAGCGUGUAUCCUGAAAUAACUACGGAUGCUCAGAGGCACGAAUACAAGAGAGAGUUCGACGCAGACCUACGGGAGUACAAGCGCCUGUGUGCCGAGAUGGACGACAUCAACGAUCGGCUGAACAAACUCAGCCGGCAGCUGGACACACUUGACGAGGGCUCUGCUAAAUACCAGGCUGCUGCAGAGGAAUAUAAUCAGCUGAAGGAUCUAAAGCAGACAUCAGAAUACCAGUCUAAGAAGAAGGAGUGCCGCAGGCUGAGACACAAACUGUUUCACAUCAAGCGAAUGGUGAAGGACUACGACAAGAACCACUGAAGGGUCAGCUCGGUUCCAGCUCUCCGCUUGGCGGUCCGCACUGCAAAAACCUCUCAGACGUUGGUUAAGAUACACUCCAUAAAUCCCACAGAGACCGCUACAUGCUGAGGCCAGCGUUACAGCAUACACACAGGCGCAUGCAGACUCCUACCGCACUCAAUACAAAGCACAGAUGUACAGGGAACACACGGGGAAAGUGAUGAUCAAGAGAUGUUCUGAUCGCUAACCUAUUUGCAGCAGUUUAUCGGGGGCAAAAUCAAGGCGGUGUCCACAGUUGUAAACAUUUUAUUUUAUUUUUUUAUUGUUUGCACAGUGGAGAUCACACACUGUUGAUGAGAGGUCGUUUGAAACUUCUCUGCUCUUUGGUCACCGGUGUUAAGACUGAAGGAUGCAGUCAUGGGUUAAACUGCUAACAGGGAUUGUUUUGAAGAAAAUAUGCAGCUCUGUUAAUCUUUGGUGUAAACUUUGUUGCAAAUGAGCUUCAGUUAAGCUUUUUUUUUUUUUUUUUAACUGUCAGUAUUUGUAGCUACCGUAACCAUCAGAGAACUGCCGACCCGUGCGAACACUGUACUGCUUUUGUUUUUGUCUACUCCUAAGAUUUGUUUUUUUUAUUUUUAUUGACUCGUAAAUGUGAUGAAACCAAAAAGUGGAUAAACUCACCAGUGUGAUAUACUGUGUUGUACUUUACAUACUUUAAAAGAAUCCAUUUCAUACAACACCUGAAGAACAACCUGAACCUACAUCUGUUGUAUCCGUCAGUCAGAUUGUUGGACAUAAUUAUAUCCUGUACUAAAGAUAUGUGACCUUGUAGCCAGUGCCAUUUAAAAUAUGCUCAGUAAAACAAUAAAAAUAAAACUGGUUUUUAUUAUUCUCUGUCAUGGGGUGCGCCACUAUAAACCCGUCUCAGUGAUGUUCCUCAUCUCCAUCUGCUGUGAUGCUGUUCUAAUUUUUCAGUUAAAUCUGCUGUAGAUCUUAAAAUUGCCUUUGAUUUGCAUUUUUUAUUUUUACGAAUAUUUUAUUGUCUUUUUUUUAAAAACAUUUUUGAGCCAUUUAUUUUUGUAAGACACUCGUUUUCAUUGUUGUCAUGAAAUUCUGUUUUUUGUAACAGCACACCUGCAUAAAUUAUGUUGUCUACAAAGUAUUAAUUUAGCACCUAAUAAACACCUAAUUCUCAACAAAA